AUGGCGCAAACAGCAGGCCUCGCAACACCCUCAAGUUCGACUUCAGGUUUAUCUGGACUAGUUUGUAACGUACACCGGACUACCGGUCGCGAACCACAUCCUCUAGUAGGUGCGACCACCACGAUCCUCGGCGACAAGCUCUACGUCUUUGGCGGAAGGAGACUAUCACGGACAAGACCGCAGCUCACCUCAGACUUGUAUGAGUUAGAUCUUGUCAAGCGUCACUGGACGAAGAUCGAGACAAAAGGGGACAUACCACCUCCGCGGUAUUUCCACAGUGUAUGUGCGCUCGGCGACACAAAGCUCGUCUGCUAUGGCGGUAUGUCGCCAGCAACAUCACCAGCAAACCAAUCGACCCAGGUACUGCAGGGUACCCCGGCAGAUGCGCAACCUGAGGUAGUAGUGAUGUCUGAUGUUCACAUUUACGAUGCUGCUACACGGACAUGGAUGCACGUUGGAACGAACGAUGCACCUCAGGGCCGAUAUGCUCACUGCGCAACAAUACUGCCGUCUUCCGCUGUCUUCAGUUCGACUAGCGCUGCCAUGACAGCCAUAAGACAUAAUCCGUCAUCAGGCAACCCCAAUCAGGGGUCAAUAGGGAUCAAUCUCGAGGGCGACGGAGGCGCUGAGAUGGUCGUUGUCGGUGGUCAAGAUAGUGCAAACCACUACAUCGAGCAGAUCAGUGUGUUCAACUUGAGGAGUCUUAAGUGGACAACAACAAGUACGCUAGGGAGAAGUUGCGGCGCGUACCGUAGCGUUGUGGCACCCUUGACGAGCACACCUGCCAACGAGAUAGGUGCAGGAGCACGUGGAGAGCCUAGAUCACCAGACGAACCAACAUCGAACCCCACUGGCGAAUCAUCAAUGCUCAUAUACUCGAACUACAACUUCCUGGAUGUCAAGCUCGAACUACAAGUAAGACAUCCCGACGGAUCGUUAUCCGAGAAGCCAAUGAACGGCAACUUCUCACCACCUGGACUACGCUUCCCCAACGGUGGAGUUAUCAACAACCACUUCGUUGUCAGCGGGACAUUCCUGACAUCCUCAAAACAAGAGUACGCAUUAUGGGCACUAGAUCUGCGGACAUUAAGUUGGGGGCGGAUAGAAGCUGGCGGCAACAUCUUCAGUCAAGGGAGUUGGAACAGAGGCGUGCUCUGGACACGGCGAAACAGCUUCGUCAUCCUGGGUAAUCGCAAACGAAGUCUUGUUGAAGACUAUAACCACCGACGGAUAAACUUUUCAAACAUGUGCGUUGUCGAACUUGAGGCAUUCGGUUUAUACGACAAUCCUCGUAAAGUAACGCCAAGCUCAGCAUUUGGAUCCGUCAGUGCCCCACCGCAGAACGAUGGCCUCGACAUGUUGGCAGGUGGAAGAGCACUAUCACCGUCAGCUAUCGAACUUGGUCAGAUCGCCCUCGGUAUGCGCGAGCUCGCUGACAUGGACUUCCUCGCCAUACACGGUGAACGAAUACCCGUCAAUUCGCGCCUUAUUGCACGGCGCUGGGGUCCUUACUUCAACCAACUGCUGCGAGAAAGCACACACAGUGCCGAAAAAGACAGCGCCGAUGCAGCCACCUUGCGUCCAGCAACUGGUGGUCACCCCUCCCGCAUGUCCAGCAUAACCAUUACGCCCUCAAUUCGCACCACCUACUCGGCCGCUACAACCCUCACGGCCAAUACUAUCACCCUUUCAGAAACAACAGCCGUCUCAAGCACAUCAUACACCUCCCUCUCGCCACCAGACCCCACAACGCAGCCCCCCUCCCAACGCCCAAGAACACUAUACUUGCCACAUACGCACCUCACCCUGCAAGCGCUGAUCCACUACCUCUACACCUCCUCCCUCCCUCCGCAAAGCAGCCAGCUCUGCACCCCGCAGAUCCUGUGCUCGCUCCUGCAACUCGCGCGCCCGUACCACAUCGACGGGCUGCUCGAAGCCAUCAUCGAGCGCCUGCACGCCCUGCUCGACAAUCGCAACACAGCCGCUGUGUUCAACGCCGCGGCCAUGGCGGCGGGCGGCGGCAGCGGCGUGGCGUUUAUGGGCGUGAAUAAUCUAUUCAGCAAGAACCUUAAUGGCACGAAUGGGGGGUCGCCCAGUACUGGUGCGGAGGGCAAGAGCAGUAUGGCUGCCGGCCUAAGGGCGCUGAAGAUCGAUACGGCUGUGCCGCCAAGCGAUGAUGAGGUUAGUUCUGCCGUGAGCGAGGGGACGAGCGCAAGUGCGAGCGAUUCGGGGGAGUAUGGGAGUAGUGGGAUUGAUGAAAGGGAGGUGUGGAAUGGGGUUGUCAGUGCGGUUGUGGGGUUGCAGAAGAGGGGUCUUAGGGGGUUGAUGGAGGGCAGAAGGAUUAGGGAGAUGGGGAGGGGUGGGCGGGAGAGGAGGGAUGUUAAGAUGGAGAGGAGCGGACGAGUUGAGACUGUUAUGGGCAAGAUAUUGAGCAUGUAUGGGAGUUGCCUGCCCCUAGACCUCCUCCUCGACCUCAUCUCCACCCGCACCCCAUCCAAACCCAUCUCCUCAGGCUCGCUCUUGACCUUCUCUCCACUCGCUGCACCAUUACCGCCACCAAGAUUCAUCAUCUUAUCGGCCUCCUCGCCAUUCAGAUCGCCAGCCUUAACCGCCUUCUUGCCGCGCUUCUUGGGUUUGGAGGCAUUCGCCUCAUCAUCGCCGCCGUGCUCAGCAGCGCGCUUCUUCCUCUACCCACCCUUCUGCUUGAGUGGCAUCGGACGAGAGGGUAUGGACGAGUACUUACCGCCAGUGAGAGCUGCGAGCUUGUUGAUGUCGACCCGAUGUCAGCCAGCAUGGCCCUCGAUGCCAGCUGGGCUGCUGAGAGCUCGCCUUAGGCUCGCUCUGGAAACACUGCCACACGAGCGCGAGGACUUCAUUCGCGCGGGAGGUGAGGAUGAGCUUGUUGCUACUCACGAUGAUUGA